AUGGCUUCCUCCGCCUUCGACAACGAUGAUGACGGCAGUCAUUUAGGAAGACAGCAGCAGCCUACACCCCUCCCCAACAGCGCCGUCGCAUCUGAGAACAAUGGCUCUGACAGUGACGACGAGAGGGACUUGUUCAGGCUAUCACUGGAGCUGACAAUCGCGGACCGCAACAAUAGCGAUCUGAAGCGGGAGAUUCAGCGGUUACAAAGUGAAGUCGACGCCAGUAAGACUCGGGAAAGGGAUCUGGAGCGGACGAAUGAGCUCAAUAUCGUCACGGUCUCUGAAGCGAAGUCACUGCGCGCACGAGUACAGGCGCUCGGAUCCACCAUUGAACAAAAGGAUACCGAACUGAUCAUCGCACGACGCGCUAUGACUACAGCGGAACAAGAUGCAGCCAAUACUCGUGCACAAUUCCAGGCCAACGUCCGUCGUCUCCAGGGUAGAGUCGACUCUCUUGAGGGCGAGCUUUCCAAUGCCAACGCACGCUCCAACGAGAUGGCCAUCAGUCAAGCGACAUUUGACGAUUUGCAAACGCGGGUCGACCAGCUGUCUGCUCAGAAUCGUCAGUAUGUUUCGGAGGCGAACAUCAACACUACGGAUGUGCAGCGCCUGAUGAGCAAGAUCGAGGUUCAAAAGAGAGAGCUCGAAGAUCUUCAAAAGAAACUCGUUAAUGCCGAGACAGUCAGAGAUCGGCUCCAUACAACAGCGGCGCAGAUGCAGGCGGACAGGGACAUCCAAGCUGCCGGAUAUUCGCCAUCCUCUGACCGCAGUGUGGAUGAGGACCCGGAAGCAGAGAACGAGGUCGAUAUCAUCAAGGACAAGCUCGCUGAGCUCAGGUGGAACGCACUCGACUACGUGAUGGACCUCGAUCUAGCCAACAGAAACUUCCGAGCCUUCGACUGCGAGCACGAUAAUGUUAGGAAUGUCCCUGACGGAAGGAACUCAUCGUAUGGGCCUACCGCUGUCAGAGUAGCACAGGACAUCUUUCGGGAUUGGCAGGAUGAUGAACAGUUCAUGAGAGGGUAUACACAUCGACGACAGAAGCUGAUAAAGCAUCACAAGGCUCAUGGACGCAUUCAGGAAGGGAACGGUGUUCGGUUCUGGCUUCUCCGGGACGAGUUCAACAAUCUUGACGGUCAACGUGGGGUCAACGUCACCUACAACUGA